UUAAGGAAACGCAUCCGCAACAUUUGAGCUGGAAGAGAACACAAAGAAGAACAACAAUAGCAACAAAUUUGAGCAACAGCAACAGCGACAAGGAGAAGAACGAUGAGCGCUUCCACACAGGAGUUCUGCGUGAGAUGGAACAGCCAUUUGGGGAGCAUUGGAGCCGCCUUUCCGCAGCUGUUGGCCGGCCAAAGGUUCGUGGAUGUGACACUGGCGUGCGAGGGCCAUCAGGUGCACUGCCAUCGUCUGGUGUUGGCCGCCUGUUCGACAUACUUUGAGGCGAUACUCGCCGAGAAUCCGUGCAAGCAUCCGGUCAUCAUAUUGCCCAGCGAGAUCAAAUUGUGGGAAAUACAGGCACUGGUCGACUUCAUGUACAAAGGUGAGGUGAAUGUGACGCAGGCGGGUCUUGGCCAGCUUUUGCGCUGUGCCGAACAGUUGCGCAUCCGUGGCCUAUACGGUUCCGAGGCGGCAAUCAACUACAAUCAGCUGCAACAGAUGCGGCACGAUGCACUUGCCCAGGAGACGGCAACGACGGCGACAACAGCAACAGCAGCAGCAGCAGCAACAACAACAACAGCAGCCGCAGCAGCAACGGGAACAGCAGCAGCGAAUCUGAAGCAGGAGGCGACAGUGUUGCUGCCAGCCAAACAGGAAUCUCAUCAACAGCAGCAGCAAAAGCAGCAGCAGUUGCAUUUGGAGAACACAGAAAUCGAGGACACGAUCACAAACUCAACAGCAACGACGACGAGCACAACCGCCAAGCAGCAACAACAGCAGCAACAGUUGCUGCUGCAACAGCAACAGCAAUUGCAACAGAAGGAGCAAAGACAGCGCCAGCAGACAAACGGCAACAAUACGCUGCAAUUGCAAUUGCUACAGCAGCAGCAACAACAUUUAAUUCAAGCCAAUGCUGGUGGCUCCUCGGCAGCAGCCUCCAACAAUUCAAAUGCACCCACCGAGGAUGACUCGGCGGAUGAUGCGAACAGCAAUUGGAUAUCAUACAACGAGCCGUUCGAUGACUUUCUGCUGGCCAACGACAACAAGCUGAAUGUGCAGCUAUUCCAGCAGCAACAGCAACAACAGCACCAGCAGCAGCAGCAACAACAGCAGCUGCAGCAGCAUCAGCAGCAGCAGCAACAACAAUUGCAAAUGCAGAUGCAACAUCAUUUGGACUCGACGAUUGAGGACGAUCACAAUUAUGUGGCCGCCCACGAUGAGGACAACGAUAGCAGCGGCUUUGUUGCCGCCAACAUUGUGGGCAGCACCAGCGGCGCCCUCGGCGUGCUCUCGCUGAGCAUGGACGCCGAUUUGGAUACGUCGGCGAAUACGUCCGGGUCGUCAUCAUCGCUGAUGCACAGCUCGAUCGAUGGCUACACAUCGUACAAGCGGGUGCGACGCUCGGAGGCAUCGCUCGCCCAGGCGGCCAAGUGUGUGUCGAAGGGGGAAACCUUUCAAACGGUCAGCAACAUGUUCAACAUACCCGUCUCCACCAUACGCUUCUAUAUGGCACGCAAGGGCAUCUUGCCGAAGCGUAAACGCGGACGUGGCGCCUCCCAUGCGGGCAGCACAAUAACAACAACAACAUCAUCAUCAUCGGCAUCGGCAUCAUCAGCGGGCGCAGCAGCAGCAGCAGCUGCCUCAUCAAAUAGCAACGCUGCUGCUGCCAAUGUUGCUGCAGCCGCCUCGCCCCGCUUUGAGGUGGCAACGGCGUCCGGUGUACCGUUCCAUCUGCUCAGCGAUGCGGCGGCCUUCAAGCUGAGCGAGCAGCAGCAGCAGGCGCACAUAAUCUAACCGUGAGGUUGGGCAACGCUUGCAUUUAACGCAUCCUAUUUGUGAAACGAGAGCGAGAGCGAGAGCGGGAGAGAAAGAGCGAGAGCGAGAGCGGGAGAG